AUGGGUUGCGCUCAAAGUGAAAUAUCUCCACAAAAUGAAACUCCUCGAAAGGGCUGCACAGAUGUUUUGUGGCUUGUUAUUUACGUGAUAUUUUGGAUUUUAAUGAUAAUAAUAGCCGCAAUAUCGUUCGUGUAUGGUAAUCCUCUAAGGGUAAUUAAUGGUUAUGAUUCAUUUGGAAAUACUUGUGGAGUACAAAGUAAUAAGAAACUUACAAACUUUCCUCUAGCUGGUAUAAGUACUGCUGAUAAAAACUAUCUAUUCUUUAUGGACAUAAAAGAACUUCGAAGAUCUCUUAAGAUAUGUGUUAAACAAUGUCCAAACAAAAAGAUGGAAUCACUUUCCGAUAUUCAAGACUUUUAUAGGUCAACUGGAUCAAAUCUCUGUAGUUAUGAUGUAAAUUUAAAUAAUGUUCCAAGUGGACAAAAUUUGCAUAGCUUUGCAGGACCAUGUCCCACUUUGCCUGUGUAUGACUCUUUUCCCCUAUUAAAUAGAUGUUUCCCAAAGUCUGCAAAAGAUUUAGCUACUAAAGUCUUCACUGACUUUAACAAUUUGCUCAAUAGUUGGGAUACUAUAGAACAAAUGUUAUCUGAUCUUUAUUCUUCAUGGAAAGAAAUGAUAAUAUGUGUCAUAUUGGCAUUUAUUUGUUCCUUGAUCAUGGUUUCUAUUUUACACUUAUUGGCAUCUUUAGUAGCUUGGAUAUUUAUGAUCAUUGUAUCAAUCACAAGUGUAGCAGGAACUGUUCUUUUAUGGUAUACAUACUAUGAACUCAAAACAAAACAAAGAGAUUUCUCUGAAGCUGGGGCUUUUCUAUCAGAAAGUUUGAAAAAUGAUAGGGCAUUUCUGUGGUACUCAAUAAUAGCUACAAUUAUCACAGUAAUAUUAUUGGUGCUUGUGUGGGUUAUGAGAUCCCGAGUCUCUUUUUUGGCGGAAUUGUUUAAAGAAACAGCACAUUGUUUAGGUUCUAUACCAGCCCUCUUUUUGCAGCCUAUUGUGACUUUCUUUUUUCUAGUUCUGUUUUUCACAUUUUGGUCUCUCGUUAUGGUAUGCUUAGCGACUGCAAACUACCCAGGCAUACCAUAUGAAACAAACUUAUUUUUCAAUGGCACUCCAGCUGAACAUGUGGACAAUGCAGCAGUUCAAGUCCAAAAUAUAAAUAAGAGUGCAAGCUUAAAGAGCUUUGUGCUGGAGCCAAUACAAUUUGAUCCAAUGUGGGUGAAGAGUAUGUGGUGGCUGUGGUUAAUAUGCCUUAUUUGGGGCAGUGAAUUUAUAUUGGGCUGCCAACAGAUGACCAUCGCAGGAGCUGUUUCACACUGGUAUUUUAGAGGAGAACACGCGAACUCUUCGCCCGUGCUGUAUUCAAUAGGCAAACUUCUCAAAUAUCACUUAGGUUCCGUCGCUAAAGGAUCAUUUUUAAUUACCCUCUUUAAAAUUCCACGACUCAUCCUCACCUAUCUACAUGCGAAAUUAUCGGCGAAAGCGGAAAAGGGGUCGGAAUGUGCUAAGUGUACUUUAAAAUGCGGCAUUUGUUGUUUAUAUUGCUUUGAGAAGUUUAUACGCUACUUGAAUCAUAACGCUUACACCAUUAUCACCAUAGAAAGAUGUCAUUUCUGUAAAGCGGCAGCAAAGGCGUUUAGCACAAUAGUGAACAAUGCACUGCAAGUGGCAACAAUAAACAGUGUGGGAGAUUUUAUAUUGUUCUUGGGAAAAUGUAUAGUGACUGCAGUCACUGGCAGCAUUGGCUUGUUGAUGUUGAAGCGGAACACAAAUUUACAUUUCUUCGCAGUUCCCACACUUGUUAUUUGCAUAUAUUCGUUCUUCAUUGCACAUUGUAUACUGUCUUUGUAUGAGAUGGUAGUGGACGCUCUGUUCAUAUGCGUGUGUGAGGACCGCAACAUGAACGCUGUAGAUGGCAAGUGGAAGAACUCGAAGAUAGCCGAGCUGGGCGACGCCAAGCCGGCGGAGCGCGGCGGGGUGGAGCUGGAGGACCUGCAGGAGAAG